ACGCGUUUCCAUCAGGUCAUGACAAGGGGUCAGUUUGCGGGACUAUGAGGAGAGCUGUCACCGGCAUUCGUUUUCCAGGGUAGUCGAUCCCUUUGGGUGUUUGUUGUCGGGUUGUAAAUUAGGUAAUUAGUUGUUCCAGCUCUGCACAUUUGCUGUCUGCUCUGCGUUUAUCUGACGACGGAAUGGCGGAUUGGAAGAUGCCAGUGAGUUACAACUUCAACCCAUCUUAUCAUGCAUAUGCAUACGGUCUCAUGUACCCGCAAGUGGCUGAACACGGCCACCCGAAUCUGAGCUGGCCCGAGGCCGCGUACACUCACUCCGGCGGGGUCACCGCGACCUAUUACCCCGCUCAAACCGCACAGCAGUCGCCAACCUGGAGCCCGGAGAACGGCAGUGCCAGCAACUACGGCCAGUAUCCGAGCCACGCGCAGAACGGACGGCUCUUCCUCUCUUAUAAGACUGAGCCCGAUCCGAAGGCAAAAGAUGUAGAGCAGGCCGGCAGCGAUACACCCAGUGACUCAGAGGCCCAUACGCCAGAUUCCUGGAGCUCAGGCAGCAGUCGUGAGGGGGCCGCUCUGACCAACCUCAAUCUUCUCUCUUGGGGAGAUCGGGACUAUGAAACAGACAGCGGCAGUCCUGACAGUGGAGAACAGAUCCCAUCUUCCAUCUCUGCAGCGAGAGAGGAGCCAGUGAGUCUGAAUCUGGGGGUGGAAGCCUUGCCUCCCCUGCCUGCUUUGACCACAUCUCCAGCCCGACCUCCAACCCAGACCCGCAAGACCCGGGCUGCCUUUUCUGAUGAGCAGAUGAAUGCUCUCAUCCACCGGUUUAAUAUCCAGAGAUAUCUCACGCCUGCAGAGAUGAAGACGCUUGCUGGAGCGACGGGACUAACAUACAAACAGGUGAAAACAUGGUUUCAAAACCGUAGGAUGAAACUCAAGAGGCAUCAAAGAGAUAGUAGCUGGAUGACGGAGAGAUAUGUCGUCAGUGCCGUACCCAGCACACCAGCUCCUCACUCUCAGUUUCAGACUGAAACCCCUCGAGCAACCCAAGACCCCUACAGUAACCCUCAGGUGAGAGAGUCUGCGUUCAAGAGGAGUCCUCCACAAACGCCCUUCUACCCCAGCUACCCACAGCCACGCUCUCCUACCCAGCCCAGCACAAGACCCCCGGGAAACUGGCCUCUGCCCCCAGCUGUGACGCACUACGAGUUCCCCAACACUGCUAGCUACAUGCAGGCCCGUGAUGGCAGCGAUGCAGCGAACAAAGGCGGCAGCCCUUCUCAAAUGCCAUCUAUGCUUGGUGACGCCCAGUGGACAACGAAAGGAAUGACGUUGCAGUAAGUCCGGUUGCUUGUGUAUAUUCAAUUUCAGCCCCGCAGCCUUGGACUUUCACUGUAUUUGUAAAUAUUUUAGGCAACGAUGUCAUGGGUUGCCAGUCUCAAGAUUUUUUUUUUGCCUUUUUAAUACACUCAGCAUGUUUUAAACUGGAGAUCUAUUUUUAUAACUUCAUUGUACCUUUCAGAGUAUUUAAUAUCUUGAUCCUUUGCUUUUCCAGGUGCUUUUCUUUUUUUUUUUUUUUUUUCUUUUUUUCUUUAGUCAGGACAAGUUGAUUUCUUUGAGCUACAUGAAUUUGUAUAUAUGCAAGGCACUGCUCUAGAUCUGAUAUGAGAAAUGGUGGUCUGUACUGCACAGUUUUAUUCUGUGUAUUAAUUUCUCUGCGUCCGUGUAUGUGAUCUGUGCUACAUUUGUGCAGUUUUCCUUUAUAUAAAAUAAAAAAAAAUCAUGCUUGUCUGUGCUAAUAGAACAAUACAUUGUAAUUGCCACUGAUUUUAAGCUUGUGCUUGCAGAGUACUCGCACCCACACAAACACUUUUGACCCAGUUGAGCAAUAAAUUUUUUAUCUGAA